AUGGCUAAAAUCUUGACUGAAGCUCAAAUUGAAGCGGACAAUAAAUCAGAGCAAAUUACUGAUAAUAAUGUUGAUAGUGUGGAAAAGCCCAGCAUAAUGCAAAUAAUUCGCAAUCUUCUUUGUAUUCGACAUGGUAGAUUAGAAGCUUGUUAUUGGAGUGGAAAAUUGAAUGAAGAUCAACUAAUUUUUAAUCAUAAAGUAUGGAAUGAUUCUCUUCAAUCAAACAACUAUGGCUCAUUUUAUUCGCUUUCCUCAGAUUUAGAACUACGAAUGCGUAGAGGAAUUCGUCUUGGAUUUUCUGACGCUGGACACAGAAAUUAUGUCAAUCAAUUUUCUGUAAAUGAUUUGGCUAGAUCUCCUUAUUUGCGAGCAAAAGAACGUGAUAAAAAGCGUUAUUUAAAUUCUCGUUUCUGCUUAACUGAUGAUGGAGAAUUCAAUUGGCCCAACCAUAGGGGAGCUUCCCCGUUUGGAACAGAAGCAGAUGUUCUUAAAUGUAUUCAACUUAGCAUUCGUCGCAUGAUUGAACGUAUUCCUGAUACAUUAAUGCAUCAAAAUUGGAUUCUUGAAAAUGAAAAGGAACGUUUUAUGCAGCAACUAUUACGAGAAGGUGCUAACUUUAAUACUUUACGCUAUUUGUUGCUUCUUUUUGAACGAGUUGUUCGCAAACCUGUGUUUUUAAAUAUUUGGUGGGCAGGAUUAGCUUUGACCAGGUUUAAUCGAGUUACUGUUGAGGAUAGAGAAAAGCGACAAAAAUUUGAAUCGUUAAGAAGGAAAGAAGAAAAGCUACUUGCUAAUGCUGAUGAAUCUGAAUCAACUGGGAUUGUUUGGGUCAAAUAUUCCCUUUAUGGUUUUAAUCUACCUAGACAUAACUUGUGGAGGCUAAGAGAUGGAAAUGAACAGUUCCGAGUAAAUGGACAGGGAUCAUUAGGUUUGAAACCUUCAAAGUCUGUUGCUUCUCUAAAAGCUGCUCAUCUUUAUCAGAUUGCUAACCGUCUACUAAUUUGGAGAACAAAAGAAGAGUUAGCCAAACUUUCGAAUGUCAAUGGUCAUUGUUGUUUUUCAUUUUCUUGCCGAGCUGCUUUUGUUUCUAUCAAGAAACCAAGAAACGGGUUUUCUUUAAUUGACUCAUCCAUUUUAUUACCUUGUUACAAUCCAAGCUGUGUGCGAAAUCUGCCAAAUGUUUUUACUUCUGAACAACCUGCAAGAGCAAAACCUCCAUCUAUUAACCGAGAAUUAUCUCUACAUUCGACGCAAUCUGAAACAAAUACUUUUCCUUAUCCUAAGCCUUAUAAUUUUAAACGUAAAUCGUGCAAUAAUGGAAGAACAAAGGAAAGCAUUCUCAUUCUUCCAAAUUGGUGUAUGCGUCGUUUAGCUCGUCAAGGAGGUUUAAGUGCUAAAACGUUGGCUCCCGGCUUUUUGCCAUCUGCAAAAGCCAAUCCUCAAGCAUGGCCUUAUUUGUGUCCACGGCCUGCAUUUGAUCAUUGUUGGCGUUACCUUACAAGCAGAGCAUCUUCGCUUCAUGCCUUAGCCCUUCGCUUUCGUCAAAUUUAUGCUUCAAUUCGUUGGAUGGAUAUGUGGCCCUCUGAUCCCGAUGAUCCUGAUACGCGUGUUUGGACACAUUUGACUGAUUAUGACGAGGUUCGAGUAGUUAUUGGUCACUUGGAACAUCCUCCAGAGGGAUAUUACGAGCAGGUUGUACAAAAUAAGAGUUGA